UUCGCAAUCGAACCCAUAUACAGGAAAAAAGGGUUUAAAAACGAGUCGAUUAAUGUAAUUAAAUACUAUCAAAAUGAUAUUGAAAAUCUCACCUUUCGCGGCUUCUAGAACGUUCAUUGUCAGCUCCCCAGUCAAUGUCAAUCCCAACCCAAUCAAUCGUAUCCCCAAAUCUCCAAUUCGUCAAAUCAUCCGAUAUAGCACCUAUUUGUCCGGUGGCCUUCCUUGGUUGAAUCUUAAUCGGGGGAAGAAGGGUUUCCGAAGCGGAGUUGUGGCCAUGGCUGCUACUGAUUCAGAGCAGAAAUCGGAGGAGGAGUGGCGCGCGAUCCUCUCGCCGGAGCAGUUUCGUAUUCUACGGCUCAAGGGCACUGAGUUUCCUGGUACUGGUAAAUAUGACAAGUUCUUUGCGGAGGGCGUAUACGAAUGUGCAGGAUGUGGAACUCCCCUCUACAAGUCGACAACCAAAUUCAACUCCCACUGCGGUUGGCCUGCCUUCUACGAGGGACUCCCUGGGGCCAUAAACCGAACUCCUGAUCCUGAUGGACAGAGGAUAGAGAUCACGUGUGCAGCCUGCGGUGGACACCUUGGCCACGUCUUCAAAGGAGAAGGGUUCCGUACACCCACGGACGAACGCCAUUGUGUUAACAGCGUAUCGCUCAAGUUCACUCCAGGAAAUUCCGAGCCGUCUUCGCAGUGAUGUUGAGUACGAGCUUUGGGCUUCAAUUGGAAUGUGAUAGUAUUGUUGUGUGUAUUGCCUGAUAAUAGAACUUCUUUACCAUCACUAUCAAUGCCGUAUACAAUAAGCUGUAUAUCGCAGAUUUUGAUAUGCAUAUAUGCAUUGCCGAGCU